GAGCUAGAAACAGUCCAAGCCGAUCACGAACAGUUUUUACAAGCGUUUGAAAAGCCUACGCAGAUAUAUAGGUAUUUACGGACAAGAAAUGUAGUGUUGCCAAUAUUCCUGAAUAGAAACUUGUCGUAUAUGAAUGAAUUCAGAUCAGUGACAAACGCUAAGAGGAAAAGUUUUCAAGCGGAUUGUUUGUUAGAACGAGUGAUACGUAAAAACAGUCAUGUGACCUCACAGCAGACGAUGUAUAAUCAGCACACACUUACCGGUUUUUUUAUCGCCGCUUGGGUGUUUCGAUCGGCUUUUUUAGAGAGCUACAUUAAUACAUCAGAGAAUGUUGAGGUUGAGUUUAUUCUAUUAAAAGUUUGCCACAAGAAAAGAAAGGAUGUGUCACUGCCUGUGAUGCAGACAUGUUUAGGACGAGUGAAGACAGCGUUAAACCCAUGUGAUACUGCUACAUCAACGCCACCUAUAGUCAUUUCUGCUGAUAAAUUUAAUCAUAAUAAUGGACAUAGUAUACGAUCGUUUGUACUUAUCGUCAGAGUAACGUGUCCAAUCAGUAAAGGUUUAACUAAUGGAUUGUGCAAUGAGGAGCCGCCGGUGAAGAGAAGGAAGAAUGGACAUAACGGUCAUCUAGAAUCAGAUUCUGUGGUAUAUUGUGCCGAACUAGUCAUAUAUGAUAAAAAUAAACGAUGUUUAUUAACAGAUGGAGAAUAUGAAUUGUUGCUACGCGAACAAGGACUGAAAUCCAUGCAGAAGAAAAAUGCCACGUGGGAAACAGUUGUAGAUGGAAAGUCUAUGGGACCAUAUGAAGUAUUCAGUAAUCGUCCAACACUGAAGUUUGAUCUAGUUUGGACACCGACUGUCGAAGAGAAUGGUCACCAUGUUUGUACUAAUAGCAGUGAAAAUGAAUUUAUUACCAAUAACCAACUAGCCAGUCACAUUGUUGACACUCAGAUCUCAGGUAGGUUACGAUGUACCACUAAGACCUCACCUAUUAUAAAAGCUGCUGGGCAAACAACCCCUAGAAAACGCCAGCGAAUAUUUUACCAGUUUUUAUAUAAUAAUAAUAGCCAGCAGCAGACGGAGGCCCGGGAUGAUUUACGCUGCCCGUGGUGCUCAGUUAAUUGUAUGCAACUUUAUGGCCUUCUCAAACAUCUACGACUUUGUCAUGCUCGAUUUGAUUUUAUGUAUGCGACUCAUCCAAAAGGAGCUCGUAUAGACGUAUCAAUCAAUGAACGAUAUGACGGCUCGUAUGUUGGAAAUCCUCAGGAUUUACAUUCUCAUAUUGGUUACGCCUUUAGUCGUAAUGUCCCUGUUCGUCGUACGCCUGUCACUCAUGUCAUUGUUUAUAGACCCAAACGUCCAGAAAUUUCCCUCUCUGAGUUUAUUGAGCCAGAAAAUGACUCUCAAUGUAAUCGACAAUUUGUUCAGGGCCAUAACAGACUGUAUUUUUAUCAGAUAAUAAAUCAACCUGUCAGGCCGCAUGAAAUAGAUUUUGAUGCCGAUAUGGAUGAAAUAGUUCCAGUUUGGCUGCGACAGAAGACAGUCAACAUGAUAGAUGAAUUUACGGAUGUAAACGAGGGAGAGAAAGAGCUGAUGAAGAUGUGGAAUCUACAUAUAAUGACCAAUCAGUAUAUAUCUGAUUGUCAGAUACCACAAGCCUGUUACACAUUCGUACAAAAACAUGGACCUGAAAUAUUGGAGAAAAACUUAUUACGCAAUUUUACGAUCCAUCUGGUGAACUUAUUUGAUUUUAGUUUAAUAAGACCAGAUGUUGUACAGCGAUGUACCAGCCAAUUAGAACUGUUAAAAGAGGAA